UCGUACGGGGCAACUAACAACACACGCAACCAGAACGGGGUGUAAGACUGCCUCCAUACUUGAAUGACUGGAUCGAUCAGGGAAAGCGUGGCCUGGUCAUAAGUCGUGGCAACUCAGACAAAGCCGGCAUAUCAGAGAUACCUGUUAUAUUAAUUGAUCGCAUCGCCUACCAUCAGACUUUGUGUUCACUAUCAUUAUUAUCCGAUCAGACAACCUACUUCCAGUCGUCCGUCAGAUGAAUCAUGAAACCACACAAAUCCAGUAGAGUAUCGCGGACCAGUAUGGUCAGUUUUGCAAUUCUACUGCUAUGGGUUCUGAUGUCCGUGCUGAUUCCAGUCACACAAACCGCGGUUACCUGUAUCCCUUCACCAAACUGUACGGAAUGCACAUGUACUGGUCUUCCUGGACCACGGGGUGAUAUGGGUGUUCGUGGCCACGCUGGACGACCGGGCCCUGUUGGUCCACGUGGUCCUCCUGGGCUAAGAGGACCGGACGGUAUUCGCGGUAUUCCUGGGAUUCCGGGUGAUCCUGGUCCGAAGGGAAUUUCAGGUGACAAGGGCGUCCCUGGAGUUCCGGGAGUCGAUGGCCUCAAGGGGGCACCUGGCAUCAAAGGUCCAAAGGGCUAUCCCGGUGAAGAGGGAUGCUGUGGAGCUAAGGGUCCGAAAGGGCUAAAAGGGUUACCAGGAAGCUAUGGAUAUGAUGGCGAGAUGGGAGAAAAAGGUCUUCCAGGUCCAAAGGGUGAAAAGGGAGAGCCAGCUGUACCACUGGCUCCUGGUUUGGAUGGUACGGGUGGACCGAAAGGAGAGAGGGGACCUCCAGGAGGCAGAGGCUACCCAGGAACACCGGGAGAGAAGGGAGAUAUGGGGUUUCCUGGAGAACCUGGAUUCAAAGGUCAAAAAGGUGAACGUGGAGAUCCUGGGCCCAAGGGACCAAAAGGUUACACUCCUCCACCAAUUAUUCUUCCAUACGCGGAACAAGGACUGAAAGGGGACAAGGGUGAAAAAGGCACCUCUUACGAUGACUCAACUUUGAUCAAGGGACGAGUUAUUGGAAUGAAAGGCCAACCAGGCCCAGUGGGAUUACCAGGACCGAUAGGUGACCCAGGCGUUAAAGGCAGACAGGGACCAUCUGGGUUCAAAGGUGUUAUAGGGUCGCCCGGUGAAAUUGGGGAUCCUGGUCUGACAGGGAAAUUUGGAAAGCCUGGCGCACCAGGUCUACCUGGGGUCCCAGGUCGACCGGGACAAGAUGGCUUGCCGGGACCCAUCGGGCCACCAGGUUUCAGAGGACAGACUGGAGAUAAGGGUUAUUCGGGCUCACGUGGUCCGAAAGGUGAAAAGGGUGAGAAAGGCGAGACGACCGAUGUCCCUCCGGUGCCCGGACCUGACGGUGCUGUGGGUGAGCCGGGCGAACCGGGUCCCCCUGGAAUACCGGGUCAAAUGGGGCCAAAAGGAUUCGAGGGUGAGCCUGGUUCACGGGGUGAACCAGGUCCUAAGGGGCCGCGAGGAGCUGGCUAUGGGAACGUGAUCCCCGGAGAGCCCGGAAGGAAAGGCGAGAAGGGUUUACAGGGAAUUGAAGGGAAACGUGGUAAACAAGGUCGACCUGGAAUUUCUGGAAGAAAAGGCGAAAAAGGCUUCCCCGGCAGGGAUGUGUACGGAGUUAAGGGUGAAAAAGGCCCACGUGGAUUUCCCGGACCUAUUGGAGAGACGGGUGAACGCGGAGAUACUGGUCUGCCUGGUAUCAAGGGUGAACCUGGGGAGGACGGGCCGACCAUUGAUGGACCAGCUGGACCAAAAGGUGUGAAGGGCAUGCCUGGUCUGGCUGGACUUCGUGGACGGGAUGGUGACCCUGGUCCCAUUGGCCCGAAAGGAGAUUGUGUUGUAUGCCCGGAUGGCAGGCCCGGGAUUCCUGGACCCAAGGGUUUCCCAGGUCAACCUGGACCAGCUGGUCUUCCCGGAUUGGAUGGAGCACCCGGACAAAAGGGUCUAGUUGGACCUCAGGGCAAGGACGGACAACCUGGAUUUCCUGGAGAAAAGGGGGAGAAAGGUGAGCGCGGCAGCGAUGGGCCGCGUGGAAUGAAAGGUGAACCAGGUCCUGUGGAAUUUGUGAAUGCAACUGUUCCAGAAGCUCCUCGUGGUGAGAUUGGAAUGCCCGGUCGAAUGGGAAUUCUUGGAGAGGCGGGUCCAAAAGGUUAUCCCGGUCCCAAGGGAGUACCUGGCCCGAAAGGAUUCAGAGGUGAACCUGGUCCAGCUGGUCUGCCCGGUUUCCACGGUACUCCUGGUAAACCUGGGCAGCGAGGAGAACCCGGAAUACCAGGCCGUGUAUUCGAUGCUCGCAAGGGAUCACCUGGCCUACCUGGGCGUGAUGGACCCAAAGGUGCAAAAGGCGAACCUGGAGAAGAUGGUGAGCACAUUUAUCUGGAUCAGCUCUACGAGUAUGUCAAAGGCGAGCCUGGCCCAAAAGGUUAUCCAGGUGAAAAAGGUCUACCAGGAUUUCCUGGAGAACAGGGACGUGAAGGUGAAAAAGGUUUACCCGGCAUGCUCGGAAAACAGGGUAAGCAGGGUUAUCCAGGCCCAGUUGGCUUGCCAGGUCCAGAUGGUGACCCAGGAUAUGCAGGUCCUAAGGGCGUCAAAGGCCAACCAGGGCCCACCGGAGUUAUAGGUCCUAAAGGUACCCCCGGUCCUCAAGGAAUGAAAGGUUUUCCUGGACCCCCAGGAGAACCAGGCGAACGUGGAACUCCAGGUCCAGCAGGAAGCUUUGGAAAAGGACCCCCAGGGCAUCAGGGCGAACCAGGGAUGCCAGGGCCUCCCGGUCCCAAGGGAUAUCCUGGACUGAAAGGUACUAAAGGUGAACGAGGCAUGGAUGGUAUUCCAGGAUUCGCAGGAAAGAAGGGUGAGACAGGUGAUCGUGGCCCUCGAGGAGAUCCCGGUGAGGCUGGAGAUGUUUUGCAAGGUCGUAAAGGAGAAAAAGGGCAGAAGGGCCAGCCCGGUGAUCCAGGCCCAGAAGGACUACGUGGUGAGAAAGGCUUGGAUGUCGUGCCCGGUCUGGAGUUGAAGGGACCCAAAGGUUUGCCAGGACCCAAAGGUGUAGAUGGCUUGCCUGGUCAAGAGGGUCCACGUGGAAAACUGGGCAUUCCAGGUCCUCCUGGUCUACCGGGUACUCAAGGACAAAUUGGCCCAAAAGGAGAACCUGGUUUACCAGGACGCAUUGGUCCAAAGGGUGUGACAGGCCCUCCUGGUGACGACGGUGCGCCCGGUCCACGAGGAGACACCGGUGAUCCUGGACCCGCUGGACCACCAGGUUUUAGAGGAAGCAAAGGAAUACCCGGAAAGCCUGGACCAAAAGGUUCGCCCGGACAACCUGGACGCAUCGGCGAGUCAUUGAAGGGAGAGAAAGGAUUUCCUGGAGUAAAAGGAAUAAAAGGUCAGCCUGGUAAACAAGGUGAUCCAGGAAUAAUGGGUGCCAAGGGCGUUCCUGGUCCCAGAGGCUUCGGGACGAAAGGUCACAAAGGUGAAAAGGGCUUCAAGGGAGAACCAGGUAUUCAGGGUCCCAAAGGUGUGGCGGGCCUAGACGGCAAGCAGGGAAGACCGGGCGAUAUGGGUCCACCCGGCCCAGUCGGUGAAAAAGGAGACCCUGGUUUGCCAGGUUCUGUUGGACGUCCUGGGAGAAACGGGGCAGUUGGUGAACCGGGUGAACCUGGCCCUAGAGGUCCCAAAGGACUAUCCGGCCCAUCUGGCGAGAAGGGUCCAAAAGGCAUGCCAGGGAUCACAUAUGCGGAACCGAUUCCUGGAACGAAAGGAGCAAAGGGGGAACCGGGGUUCGUGGGACAGAAGGGUCCGAAGGGUGUUCCGGGACCGAGAGGAAAUGACGGAGUCCCUGGUAUACGUGGUCCAUCUGGUCCAGCAGGUUUGAAGGGCAUCAAAGGCUUCCCUGGUUUGAAAGGUCUGAAAGGAAGUCCGGGUCCACGUGGACCAGAUGGUUCUCCAGGUUUAAAGGGCAACAGAGGACCGCCUGGUGAAAAGGGAAAUCUUGGACUAGAAGGCUUGCCUGGAGAUCGUGGUGAACCAGGUGAUCGAGGGCAAUCCGUUCAGUCGCCUGUGGGAGAGAAGGGAGAAGCUGGACUUCCCGGUCCAAUGGGACCGCAAGGAACAAAAGGAGAGGCAGGAAGACCAGGCGAUCGAGGUGAUACAGGACCUCAAGGUGAUCCAGGAGCAGAUUUACCAGGUGCACCAGGCGAGAAAGGUCUGCCUGGGCCACCAGGUCCUCCUGGAAUACGCGGUCCACCAGGUCCCAAAGGACUAAAAGGCUCAUUUCCCGGUCGGCCCGGGGCAACCGGACUGCCUGGUGUUGAAGGUCCCAAAGGAUUUCAAGGUGAACCUGGACCAAAAGGCUACCCAGGAUCAAUUGGAAGGCCGGGUAUGAAAGGCAUGCAAGGCGAGAAGGGCCUUCGUGGACUGGACGGAAAGCCGGGUAGACCUGGAAAACCUGGUGAAAAGGGGAUGAGAGGACAACCGGGAAGACCUGGUGAAAAAGGCCGAGAAGGUCAGAAAGGUGACAUGGGGCCUGUUGGGUUACCUGGACCGGAAGGUAUUCCUGGAAUAGGAGAAUCCGGUUUGGAGGGUGAAAAAGGGUACCCAGGUCCAGCUGGCAGACCAGGUGAACCCGGAAGACCAGGAGAUGAGGGUAGUCGGGGAAGGCAGGGUCCACCGGGCCCACCUGGUGAUGAAGGUGAGCCAGCACCCAAGGGUCCUAAAGGUUAUCCAGGGCCACAGGGUCCCAAAGGUAUAGCUGGACCUCAGGGUGCUCCGGGUGAUAUUGGGCCAGCAGGUGAACCUGGUAUAGGAGGAGUUGUGGGUGAUACGCGUGGAAACACUGGACAUCUUUUCACCGUGCACAGUCAAUCGACCAGAAUUCCUUAUUGCCCAUCUGGAACCCACAAACUCUGGGAAGGCUACUCAUUCCUGAGCAUGACCGGUUCGGAUCGCGCCCACGUGAAUGACCUGGCCAGUCCGGGAUCCUGUUUGCAACUUUUCAACCCAAUUCCGUUCAUGUUUUGCGAAAAGCAAGAAAACUGUUACUACGCUCAACGCAAUGACCGAAGUUACUGGUUGAGCACAGAGGAGGAGCCGAUGAUGUGGAAUCCGUUCCCCGCAAACGAGUCACAAAGGCACAUCAGUCGAUGUGUUGUUUGUGAAGCCCCAAGCAAGUUGUACGCCUUCCAUGCACAAACCUUGGAAAUUCCCAAGUGUCCCGACGGAUGGUCAACUUUAUGGCCCGGUAGCAGUUUCCUCAUGAACACCGGGUACGGAGCACAAGGCGGGGGGCAACAGCUCGCAUCUCCUGGAAGCUGUAUUCCACAAUUCCGCCCGCACAUGUUUAUCGAGUGUACCGCUAAGGGAUUGUGUGGGUUCUUUGAAGAACAUAAAAACUUUUGGCUCCGAGUGAUGCCAAGUUCAAUGGACGAACACAUGUUCGGCAUGGUGAUGGGACAGGUGAUAAAGGUGAGAAGUGGUCCGGAUUCGGUCAGCAAAUGUAUCGUUUGCAUGCGGACGCAACCCAUGACAACAUCGUUCUACAUCUACUAGAAAUGAACCGAAAGAACGGAUCCCAUUCUAUCCUGAAAGUUGUUUGCGGCCGGGAAUGCCUUCAGUAAUGCUUGUGUAUACACUCUAUUGAGUUUCAGUUCAGAUUUUAUGCUUUUUGUUCCGAAGAUAGGUGUUAUAGGGCUUCUUUUCUCUCUCUCUCCACAUUUUGUUGUAUUUUUGUUUUUUAAAUUUAAUGUUGCAAACUGUUAGACAUAUUCACUUGUCUAGUCGAAGCUGAUUCGGAUGACAGAGUGGAAUCUUGAUGCAUUAAAAGCUUUCUUAAACCCUUUGUUUGUUUGGUACUUUUUUCCAGAGAAAGUGUACCCUGUUCAUACUCCUGCGGUAUUUUAUCUGUAACAAACCAGAUUAUGUUAAAACACGCACAUAUAUUCUCCUAUUUCCUCCGAGCGAUUAUCUCCGGACAACUUACAAACAACCGUCACAUGUUCGUACCAAACUCUACCGCAGAUUCGACCGAAAAAGGGGCUUGAAAGUGUGAGAACCGCCUUACGUUUUGUCCACUUCUAUUUCUUAUUUAGCAUGUUUAACUUGAUACAGGAAAGCACUCAUAUAUCGUCUUUUUCGUGGAUGUGGGACUGAGGAACUAUGAACGCCUAGUGGCCCACUAUUUGGAAUCCUGGAGCCCUCACUUCUGGUGGCUUUGACAUUUUUUUUGCAACGACAAGGAAUUGCACACGUUUGGUUGCCAGAUGUGGUACAAAUACAUCAUUCCGAAAAGC